AUGAGCAGUGGAGACGCGUCCAAAACCGCCGAACCACCUGAAGAUAACAAAGAGGAUGAGAGAGACGAGACGCCCGGCCAAUUCACCUCAGAAGACGAGGCUUGGAGAUCCUACUUAGAAAACCCUUCAAUGGGCUUAUCUAUCGCAGCCAACGAUGAGGACACUGCUGGGGCAUUAGCGACUCUUUACGAAUAUUAUAAAGUCCCGCCCGACAAACGCACAAAGCUCGGACCAGCUUCAAAUCUAAAUAAGAAUAAUUCCAGCCCAACAAAAAGUGUGAAACUUCAUGCAUCUUCAAGCAGCACCCGCUCGAUUACCCUGGUCAAGACUGAGCCUUCCACUUUGAGUCAGUCCAUUCCCGUUAAAAACGAGCCCGAUGAAGACUCGAACACUUCCGUCGGAAAGAUACCUGGAGUUAUUUCAGGCCAGGCAAUUACGAUCGAGAACUUUAAUUCAAAUACCUUCAUCAGCAGGAGAUCCCCGGACUCAACCUAUUCCGACACCAGUAAAGGAUCUCCUCUCACUUGCAACUUUGGCGCUGAGGAAGAUGAAGAAUUCGCGAAUCUUGCUGCUCAUAACUCCGAAAACCCCGAUGACGACUUCCAUUACUCGAUGGAAGCUCCAAAGAGUCUCAAGCAAAAACGAGAUGAACCAACGAUGAGUUACAUCAAUAAAGGUCACUUUUACUGCAUCACGCUGAAAGGUUCGAAAAAGAAUCUGAUGAUGGGGAUCGAAAGAGUCAAGUCAAUCAUCUCCGUCGUCUUUGGAGAGACAAAACCAGAUGAAGAACAGCUCAAGCAUUGGAAGUAUUGGCACUCGAGGCAGCAUACUGCAAAGCAGAGGGUAAUCGACAUUGCUGAUUACAAAGAAUCCGCCAUGGUCAGAGAGAUCUCCGAGUUCUCUCACAAUGCGAUUUCGUUUGUCUGGGAUGUCAAUACAGUCGCAAAAAUUUACAUUGCUGUAAAUUGCUUAUCUACGGAUUUUUCCGCGCAAAAGGGCAUCAAGGGAAUGCCUUUGCUGAUCCAAAUUGACACCUUCGACGAGAACCAACCGGACGAGCCGAUCCACCGCGGCGCUUGUCAGAUUAAAGUCUUCUGCGACAAGGGCGCUGAGCGUAAAAUCCGCGACGAAGAACGCAAAGCCCUCCGCAAGCGCCAAAAAUCAGGACAAUACACGAUGCUCCAGCCGCAAGAUGUCAAGGGCUCAAUAAUGUCAACCGGCAGAAAGCACGACAUUGUCUAUUACAGAACGAUGCAUGACACUUCGAUAAAUCCGGUUUACUUUCAGCCGGAAAUUAGUAAUUCAGCCGUCGAGACCAUGCCCUUUUUCCAAACACGAAAUUCUUCACUGUCCGUUUCCGAAGCGGACACGUCCUCAAUCUUCGGCGCCCUCUCAGAACUCGCCUCCUUCUCUAACGAAACCCUCAACGCUGCAACUCGCCCUCCGAGCUCUCGGAAUCUCUAUUUUCCCUCUAAUUCUUCUGGAAUUACUGUUACGCCCACAUCAGCACCGUCGUCAUUGAACCAGCCUGAUUCCGAAACUGAUGAGCCAACAAUCAAAUGCCCCAGACAGGAGCCUCCUUCCAAAAUACUCCUGUAUGUUCGAAAAUCGACCGAGGAAAUUUUCGACGCGCUAAUGCUCCGCCAGCCAAAUGUCAGAGGCCUGACGAAUGCGAUUGCGGAAAAGUACGCGUUUGAUGCGAACAAAAUCACAAGAGUCUAUAAAAAGCAAAAACGCGGAAUUCUCGUGAACAUGGACGACAACAUCAUCCAGCACUAUUGCCACGAGGACACCUUCAUCAUCGACUUUCUUUACGAAGAUGAUGGAUCCGUCCGAGUCACGCUCGCAGAAUUUACCGGCAAUUUUUAA